GUUUCAGCUCCAUUCCACCAACCUCGACCCACUCCUACCAUCCCUUCACCGACCCUUUAAGUGACGUUUACUUAUCAACACGACGGCGCAGGCAACAUCGACAUCGUUGAAAAACACUCGACGUCACACUGGUAGCGGUCGGUCGGAAAUUAAAUCAAGUAAGCAUUGUGCCGCUUAGCUACAAGCAUCGUGGGACACACAACACCAGUUGCAUAAUCACAGAGAGCACAGCACCCCGCACAGCCAGCAACUUCAACCGGAACGUCAAGCCAACGAAAACGAAUACGAUGCUACGAGCGAUUGCGGCGCGCGCCGGACUAAGCCGAUCGGGCCAACUGGUCGCCCCGAGCGUUUGCCGCGCGAUGUCUUCGGCGGCCGGUGAUAGCAACGGCCUGGUACUGACGGAGGAGGUCGGCAGCAAGGGCGUGAUCACACUGAAUCGCCCGAAAGCGCUGAACGCCAUCAAUCUGGAAAUGGUCCGGCUCAUCUACGACGCCAUGAAGCAGUGGGAAAGCACCAAGAGCGUGGUCAUCGUGAAAUCGGUCGGCGAUAAGGCGUUCUGUGCCGGCGGGGACGUGCGCGCCAUCACCGAGACGAGCAAUGUGGAGCUGGCGCGAAAGUUUUUCAGCACCGAGUACCGGCUAAACGCGCUCAUCGGCAGCUAUCGGCCCACGUACAUUGCGUUCAUCGACGGUAUUACGAUGGGCGGCGGCGUCGGGCUGUCCGUGCACGGCAAGUAUCGCAUCGCGACCGAGCGCACCAUGUUCGCGAUGCCCGAGACGGCCAUCGGGCUGUUUCCGGACGUUGGCGGCGGCUAUUUCCUGCCCCGGCUCGAGGGCAAGCUCGGCCUCUAUCUCGGCCUGACCGGGUUCCGGCUGAAGGGGCGCGACGUGCACAAGGCCGGCGUUGCGACGCACUACGUGGAGAGCAAAAAUCUGGCCGCGCUGGAGCAGCAGCUGCUGGCCACGACGAGCGGUGCCGAGGUGGAAAGCGUGCUGGACCGGUUCUCGGAGAAGCGGGACGCGGGCGCCGAGUUUGUGCUGGCCAAGCAGCUGCAGCAAAUCAACGAGUGCUUCAGUGCGCCGACGGUGGAGGCCAUUUUCCAGCAGUUGGAGCGGGACGGUAGCGAGUGGGCACAGAACACGCUGAAGCUGCUCCACAAAAUGUCCCCCACCUCAAUGGUGGUGACGCAGAAGCAGCUCGAGCUGGGCGGCAAGAUGGACUUGAAGACGUGUCUCAAGAUGGAGUACCGGCUUGCCGUGCACCAUGCGAUCGACAGCGACUUCAAGGAAGGUGUGCGCGCCCUGCUGAUCGAUCGCGAUCAGAAACCGCGCUGGAAUCCGGCCACGUUGGCGGAGGUGGAUCCGGCGCGCAUCGAGCAGUUCUUUGGCCCGCUGCCGGACGGCGAUGAGCUCCACUUCGAGGAUGAGGGGCCCAAGGCUUCCCUGUAAGCGGAGCUGCGGUGUGCUGCUCUACGCUCAAAGGAUUGGGACACGUCGAGAAAUGAUACCACAACAAAAGUGCAUUUACUAGCGAGUAAGACUAAUGCCAACGGCAAAGCUGUUGCGCGCCUUGUGUUUCAAACAUGAACACGGGCACCGUUCUUUCCUUUUUCUGCAACCCCCAACAGAAAGCCAACAAUAAAGUGAAACGAUUUUCUACCACCUA